AUGACUUCAAUCAAGCAAGUGCUUUCUGCCAAAGAAGUGCAGCAUCAGCUGCACAUGCCAGAAUAUCCUCCUGUGUGGUUAAUGAUGAUGAAGCUACGUAACAUCAUGGGCAAACGUGAGAGCAUAUACAAACUCUCCGGUACUGUUGAACUGGACGAGGCUUUCUUCCCAACGCGGAUGGAGGCAGACGAAAAAGCAGAGCCGAUGAAGCGCGGAGCAGGAAGCCAAAGGCAAUCCAAAGUCUUGGUAAUCGUUGAAAGUAAGGCGGUUGACGACAUCCUAAGGGCAUAUUUGGAGUCAAAGGACAUCCCAACAGCUAUGGAUAAGGCUGCAAAGCUUACCAAACGGUCAAAGAGGCAGUCUGUGAAGAAGGUGGUUCAUUACAUCAAAAUGUUUGCCAUUNGGUGA